AAGAAUUCUGGAGGGGUGUUAAUCAGCCAGUGGAUCUAGGCAUUUGCACAAUUCGACGAACAGUGUGCGCUUCACAACCGUCUUGUAAGAUGUCGAUGAUUUUGCUAACGAUUUUAUCUGGUUCGGAUUUCAUUACGGGCUUGAUCAGCAUCAUUGUUCAGGCAGUGAUUAUAGUCAAUCACGAUGAUUGUUUUUACUCAAAGAUGAAGGUGGGUCUUUGGAAUGGUUUAUUACUAGUCACAACAGCCACUUCUCUUUUUGUGAUCGCCAGCCGUAAAAAACCGAGUAACUGGAUGCUCGUUAUUUGCGCUCUGACUCUAAUGGCUUCACUCGUGCAAGUCGGAGUGGCUUUGGGAGUCAUCUAUGAACUGCACAGUUUGCAGUACUUUCCCAACGGACCUGCAGCCAACGGGUGGGAUGCUUUCCUGGGCAUAUUCAAAUCGGACAACAUACUCACUCAGAUAGGCAAACACGCCCAAGUGCACUUAUGUUACAAACUGCUCUUAAAUGACGAUUACUUAGAAAUAAUAUUAUUUAUUCAAGGUUCCAGACGGAAAACCCUAGAGAAAAUACUGCUGUGCAGUGGUCUUAUCGCAAUCGCAGUUAAAAUAGCGACAUUUCUAGCGUUGCGGGUCAAACGCUUGGCCGUACCUGCUACAAUCCAGUACACGCCACAAAAUGUCGCUCUUUUAUCGUGAAAAUUUGGGUAUGGGUAGUUUCGCCCGACAAAACUUUACAUCGACACCUAUUCGACUUUCUUUCGACAGGUGGCGACACUACCUCGACAAAUAUGCGAGACUAUUUCGACAAAUGGGUUAGGUUAGGUUAGGUUAGGUUAGGUUAGGUUAGGUUAGGUUAGGUUGGUUAGGUUAGGUUAGGUUAUUGUCGAUUUAUUGUCGAAAUCAUUUCGCAUAUUUGUCGAGGUAGUGUCGCCUCCUGUCGAAAGUAAGUCGAAAAGGUGUCGAUGUAAAGUUUUGUCGGGCGAACGUCAGCAUCCCGUUUGACAUUAAAUUCGACUCUCUGCGAUGCCGUAUAAAAGACGGACAAACUUCACCAGCAGGAGAGUCUCCAGUCGACCAGCGAGGAGUCAGUGAGUCAGUCUUCCUCCCUCCGUCUGUUAUCUUUUCCCUUUUGUUUUUGCCGCUGUGUUUUGAAAUGUAAUUGGUGUCAAAUUUAAAUAAACAUUAUCAUCCCAAUUGUCUCAUCUGGUGGCAGCGAGGACGAACCCGCCGACCGAAGUCUUGGCCGUUACGGACACGUUACCAAAAACUCUACUACAGCAGUUCUUCGCCGAUGAUGGCACAAAUUGAAGACAAAUAUUCUGUCACUGACAUAAAAAAAAACCUUUAAAGAAGAAAAUAAAGGCAUUGUGGUUGGAGAAAUUCAAGAAACUAAAAAAAUUUGUAAGUAAAACACUGAAAAUUAAAAUAUCUCGACCUGUUUUUUCGGCUGCUAUUGUCGCAAGCCGAGUCACCAUUGAGAAAGCCUCUUCCCACCCGGAAAAACACCAAGACAAGGAAAAUCACCAAAAUGGAAACAGCAUAUUUGCGGAUGAAUCUGUCAUACGACCAUCAGUGUUGGAACAUCAAACGACUGUAAGUUGCAUUUUUUCCAUCCCUUUUCCUGAAACAACUUGCGAAAACGCAGCUGUUACCACGUCGACAAGUGAGGAAACAAAGGAACCAAAAAUCGCUGUGACUUUCGACCACCUUGGUGACCACGAAGACCAACCCGGGCUGAAACAUCUGGACCAGUCCCACAUAACACAAGGCAGUCCGUCGGAUGUCCGACAGAUGUCGGGGUCGGAUGUUGAGUACAUCUUUUUGAUAUCCUCCGGAAAGCCCGAUAUCCGAUUUGGAUGUCCUACGGAUGUAUUUUUUUUUGGUUUUGACCGCCCUCAACAGCGCCGUCAGACAUUCUAAGGAUAUCCGAACGGGCUUUCAUUUGGCUAUAAAUAUGACAUGUAUUGGACAUCUAUUCAUGAAAAAACAUUAGACUAUACCAGGAUUUGAACUCCGGUCUCCCGCAUCACAGUCGAAUCUUAUUCCACUGUGCCAAUCUACAGAUAUGUAAUGUAUCAUUUUUGAACAAUACAAUCGAAUUGUUGUAAAA